AUGAUCACUUUCUCCAGAGCUUCGAGUGAGCGGGACUGCAUCCAUCACUUCCUUACUGGGCUGACUGUGUGUGAGAACACAGUGUGCAGAUACCAGGACCCAGGGUCCCCAACCCGGGGCACCCCUUGUACCAACAUGGCCCAGACAGGUGUCUCCCUCUGCAGCCCUGGGUACCUCACCUCUGCCUCGCAGGCCACCCUGCUCUUCAGCCUGGUCCUCGCCUCCUUCCACUUGUCCUGCUGUACAGAAGCUAGCAGCGGCAACUCAACCCUGAGUAUAUACCACCCAGACCCUGGGACCCUGGAGCAGUGUGCCAAUGUGGACUUCUGCCCACUAGCCUCGCUGUGCUGCCGAGCUUCAGUGGACGAGUACGGCUGGAUUGCUGCGGCGGUCGGCUGGAGUCUCUGGUUCCUCACCCUCAUCCUGCUGUGUGUGGACAAACUGAUGAAACUAGCUCCAGAGGAGCCCAAAGACCUGGCAGCGUGA